AAACAAUUGAUUACAUCGAUGUCCCGUUUAGUCAUCCGCUAUGUAUUCUGUUUAGUUCGGGAACCACUGGUGAUCCCAAAUGUUUGGUCCAUUCCGUUGGAGGAACUUUAAUACAGCACAUGAAGGAACAUAUAUUGCACGGGAAUAUGGAUUCUAAAGACAUAAUGUUAUUCUAUACGACUACGGGUUGGAUGAUGUGGAAUUGGAUGGUCUCAGCCCUGGCCACAGGCGCUGCGAUUGUUGUUUACGACGGCUCGCCAUUUAAACCGACCCCAACUGCUAUUUGGGAUGUGAUCGAUAAAAUCGGUGUAACAAUUCUCGGCACAAACGGCUCGCCAUUUAAACCGACCCCAACUGCUAUUUGGGAUGUGAUCGAUAAAAUCGGUGUAACAAUUCUCGGCACAAGUCCUAAAGGGCUCCAAACCAUUGAAGACAUGGGACUCAAACCAAAGGAAUCGCAUCAAUUGGAAAGGCUUCACACGAUUCUGUCGACCGGCGCUCCUUUAAGUCAUAAAUCCUAUGUUUAUGUUUACGAAUGUAUCAAAAAAGAUGUUUUGCUCGGCUCUAUAUCCGGCGGCUCUGAUAUAAUAUCAUGUUUUGCGGGACAAAACCCGACAAUUGCCGUGCAUUCCGAGCAAAUACAGGCCAGGAAUCUAGGAAUGGCUGUCCAGUGCUUUGAUUCAACAGGAAAAGCGAUGUACGACCAGAAGGGAGAGUUGGUUUGCACUAAACCCUUCCCAUCGAUGCCCACAAUGUUUUGGAACGAUCCGAAUGGAGACAAAUACAGAAAUGCAUAUUUUUCACACUUUAAAGGUGUUUGGACUCACGGAGACUUUUGCAUAAUAAACGGUGAAACAAAUGGCAUUCAAAUGUUGGGCAGAAGUGACGGCACAUUGAAUCCAAAUGGUGUCCGAUUCGGGAGUUCAGAGAUUUAUAGCAUAAUUGAUUUGAUAGAAGAAGUAGAGGACAGCGUUUGUGUCUCGCAGUAUAAUCACGCCAACGAAGAAAGGGUUGUCUUGUUUUUGAAAAUGAAAAAUAGUUAUCAAUUCAAUUCAGAGAUCGUAUCGAAAAUCAAAACUCUAAUUAGAGAUCGAUUGUCGCCGAGACAUGUGCCGAGUCUUAUCCUUCAAGUGCCAGACAUUCCCUAUACAAUCAAUGGCAAGAAGAUUGAAGUGGCCGUCAAAAUGAUAAUCGCUGGCAAAGAGGUGACCAAUAAGAAUGCGAUCGCGAAUCCAGAAUCUCUUGAAUACUUUAGAAAUCGGGAAGAAUUGAGAAAUUACUGAACGAAUUGUUUUGCUUUUAUAGAUAUUUUGUAUUAUAAUUAUUAUAAUAAAUUAAUUAUUAAUUUUGCGAA